CAUUAUAUUUUGCUGCUAUAAUGUAUUAAACUUAAUUCUUUCUGUACUAUAAGUAUUCAAUUGUUUUAUUCUAUCUUAUUAAUAUUAAAUUAUCAUAUUUGUAAAAUAUUAUUAUUAUAGUAGCAUUUAUUUGUGCUUAGCUACUUUCUUUAAACAUAUCAUAUGAUACAUUUGUCUAAAUUUCAACCUCUUCCCAUUCAGGCUCGUGUUUCUGGAGGUGACGGUCAAUCAACUGAAAGCGUAGUUGAAAAUGUUUCUUCUGAUAUUUUAUCCAGACUUCCUCCUAAUUUUGAUCUUGUUCUUGCUAUUCAAAGAUACCCUACAAUGUAUGACCAAAGUAUGAAUACUGUUUUAGUGCAAGAAAUGGGGAGAUUCAAUGUACUGCUUUCCACCAUAAGAUCUUCGCUUAUCAAUGCUAGGAAAGCAAUCAAGGGCUUAGUGGUAAUGUCUGCGGAACUGGAGCAAGUCGUCAAUAGCAUUUUGCAGGGGAAAAUCCCUGCAAUGUGGAUGAGUAAAUCAUAUCCUUCUCUCAAGCCGCUUGGUAGUUAUAUUGCUGAUUUUUUGCAAAGGCUGAAGUUUUUAGAGGAUUGGUAUGCUGUGGGUCCACCACAUGUCUUCUGGAUUUCAGGAUUUUAUUUCACUCAAGCUUUCCUCACAGGAAGUCAACAAGAUUUUGCUAGGAAGUACACUAUUCCUGUAGAUCUUCUUGUUUUUGAUUAUGAGAUACUGGAAGAUAAGCUUUAUCAUUCAGCUCCAACUGAUGGUGUUUAUGUACGUGGAUUAUUUCUUGAUGGAGCUCGCUGGGACCAUGACACUUGGUUACUGGGUGAAUCACUGCCAAAAAUUUUGUAUGAUAGUUUACCUGUGGUAUGGUUAAAACCUAUUAAAAAAGUUGAUUUGGAGGUGAAACCCAGUUAUUUAUGUCCAGUUUACAAAACAAGUGAGAGAAGAGGAACACUUUCUACAACUGGACAUUCAACUAAUUUUGUGAUAUCCAUGCGCUUACCAACUAAUAUGCCGGAACAACACUGGAUUUGUCGGGGAGUGGCUCUACUGUGUCAGUUAGAUGCAUAAUUUUCAUUGCAUGUUUCUUUACUUAUUUACUUUAUUUAGUGGAUAUCAUAUGCGGUGAAGACACCAUUGCAAUAUUACUUUAUUCGCUAAAUAUUCCAAUAAAUUUUAUGUCAGGUAAAACAAUGUUGAAGUGCCAUUGGAGAAAGUAUAAUUGUAUUUACUUUACUCCAUAGUUAAACCAUGCUUUAAAUUAGGUAUUUCUCUUGAUUUAGUUAUUACUUUUUAUCUGUGAUAUUUUUACUUACUUAUAGUAUUUUUUAAUCGCAAGUUUGUUUAUCUGUUAUCUUUUAUGAUUCUGCAUAAAAAUUAUUUUAUUUUAAAGGUGUAUAUCAUAUUCAUUACGUAUUUCACCUUCAGAAAUGUAUUUAUCUAUUUCCAGACUGAAUAAUUUAUACACAUGAAUUUCAGAGAACAGAUUUUUUUGUUAUGUUAGCAGAUGUUUGAAGCUUUUUAUAAAUAUUUAUGCUAUGUUCAUUUUAAUGAUAAUUACAUUUAACACUGUUUUUCAUAAUGCUCAUAAUAUUUUGUUUC